GUAGGGAUCUGUGUUGUGCUGAGGCUGAGCUGAAUGAGAUUGAAGAAGAGUUCUUCUUGUUUUGUAGCUUCAGUUUCUCUGUUUUUUAACGUCUUUUUUACUCCAACAACAGAACAAAGUGCAGUUCGGUGAGCAGGAGGCGGCCGGACUCCUGCUCAGCUGCGGCUCCAUCGUAUAUCGGCAGUUGGGAGGAAAAUAUUUAAUUAAUCUGGAGGAGGACUGCUGCUGAGGCAGCACAGAGGGGUGGAGUCCAGUCCAACAGCCAAUUGCGGCACUUUAAUGCUUCAGUUGGAUGCUGUUCCUACUGGAGAAGGUGUUCAGGCUGAUCGAACGGCUGACAGACUGACUGGAUCCAUGAUGGAAUUACAGACGUUACAGGAGGCCCUGAAGGUGGAGAUCCAGAUCCAUCAGAAACUGGUGGCUCAGAUGAAGCAGGACCCGCAGAACGCAGAUCUGAAAAAGCAGCUCCAUGAACUCCAAGCAAAGAUCACAGCGCUCAGCGAGAAGCAGAAAAAGGUGGUGGAACAGCUAAGAAAAGAGCUGCUGGUGAAGCAGGAACCAGAGGCCAAACUCCAGCUGCAGGUCCAGGCUGCUCCCGUAGGGGGCGACCUGAAGCCGGCCAACCUGCUGCAGAGCCAGCAGAUCCCUGGAGGGCUGCAGCAGACGCUGACCGUCACACCGGUCCUCACCGCCAAGACUCUGGUGCUGAAAGCCGCCGCCACGCCCGCCCUGCCCGGCGCCAUCCUGUCGCAGCGCCCUCCCACCGUCGCUAUGGUAACCACAGCUAUCACCAAACCCGACUCGCAGAGCGUCCCCAUCAACCUGCAGGUGGCCAGCAGACUGACCAAUCAGAGUGCGGAGCCCGUCCGACUGGUCUCCAAGAACGCCGUGGUGCUGCAGGCCACCACCACGUCCGCCCAGCCAAUCAAAGUUCCUCAGUUUGUCGCUCCUCCUAGACUGACGCCUCGGCCCACCUUUCAGCCACAGGUCAGGCCGAGGCUGGCCACGCCCACCAACGUCCCCAUCGCUCCAGCCCCUCCCCCUCCCAUGAUGGCGGCUCCCCAGUUGCUUCAGAGGCCCGUCAUGUUGGCAACCAAGCUGGCGACCUCGCUGCCUUCGGCCGCUCCAAUCCACCAGGUCCGCAUCGUCAACGGGCAGCCCUGUGGCAAGACGGGCUCUGCCCCUCUGACCGGCAUAGUCAUCACAACGCCCGUCACCGCCACCCCCACACGGCUCGCCAGCCCCGCCCAGGCGCUUACUAACACCGCUCCUCUCCCGACUCCACCCCCUCCAGCCCCGCCCAUCCAAAUUAGCAGCUUGAUCGUUGAGCCGAAGCAGACUGUUAAACUGGAAACAGCGGAACAGAAAGCUGUGGUCAGCCUGCCGUCCUCCUCCACCCCUCCACUGUCUCCGCCCCCCAGACCCAAAAAGGAGGAGAACCCAGAGAAACUGGCCUUCAUGGUGUCUCUGGGCCUCGUCACACACGACCACCUGGAAGAGAUCCAAAGCAAACGGCAGGAGAGGAAGAGGAGAACGACAGCUAACCCGGUGUACAGCGGAGCUGUGUUCGAGCCCGAGAGGAAAAAGAGCGCAGUGAGCUACCUGAACAGCCCUCUGCACCAGGGGACCAGGAAGAGAGGUCGCCCACCCAAAUUCAGCAGCGUCACGGAGCUGGGCAGCCUCACCCCGACCUCCCCCUCCAGCCCCGUCCGUCCCCUCCCCCUGCCCAGCCCCGGCUCGGGGGAUGGAGACAUCCACGAGGAUUUCUGCACUGUGUGCAGACGCAGUGGCCAGUUGCUCAUGUGCGACACGUGUUCUCGUGUUUAUCACCUGGACUGCCUGGAUCCACCCCUGAAAACCAUUCCUAAAGGCAUGUGGAUCUGUCCAAAAUGUCAAGACCAGAUUCUGAAGAAAGAAGAAGCCAUUCCCUGGCCCGGUACCCUCGCUAUCGUUCAUUCCUACAUUGCCUACAAAGAAGCUAAAGAAGAGGAGAAGCAGAAGCUGAUGAAGUGGAGCUCAGAGCUGAAACUGGAGCGGGAGCAGCUAGAACAGAGGGUCAAACAGCUCAGUAACUCCAUAACGAAAUGCAUGGAGACCAAAAACAGCAUCCUGGCUCGUCAGAAGGAGAUGCAGCUUUCCCUGGACAAUGUCAAGCAUCUGAUUCGCCUCAUCCAAGCCUUCAACUUUAACCAGGCGCUGGCAGAGACGGAGGGGAAGGAUGUCCGGGUUCAGGGCGGAGCUCAGGCUGCAGCCGAGGUCGGCUCGGUGGAGAAGCAGGCAGUGAGCGUUUCUUUGGUCAGCGGCAAGAAGGAGGAGCAGAAGCCAGAAGGAGCAGCAUCGUCGUCAUCAUCAGGAGGAGGCAAGAGCACAGUCCUGACUAACUGCCCCGUCGCUGUGGAGGGGGCUGCCAAGGGGCCCGGGGCCCACACAGAGACCGCUCCUCGUUUGGAGGGUCAGCUCAAGCCUGAGACUGAGACGGCUCCUGUGGCUCCGGCUGCCGCCGCAACCACCAAUGGUACGACGGAGCCGCCGUGCCCCGCCCACAGCCCCGCCGCAGCAGCAGAGAACAAGAUGGCCGCCGCCAACCCUGCGGAGACGGCGGCAGAGAAGAACCAGGAGGAGCUCGGCGACGGCGGCAGCAACAACAGCAAAACCUCAGAACCCUCCCAGCAUUCUUUGCCAGCUCUGCUCAGCAGUUUGGACGAUAAAAAGUAACGCUGCGUCUCCGUGGCGACGGGAAGUCAAACAUAUAUAUUAAAAAAAAAAAGACUUUUGCUUGCACCACAGGGUGCCCUGAAGUUGCCAAUCUGUAUAAAUGUUGUUUGUUUGCAUCGUAUUGUCAGACUGUGUCAAUGGUAGAUGUACAGCCCAAGUCUUGUGACUCUGGGAAGACCCGGGUCAUCAGCCAAUUAGCGAUAGACGUCACGGCGGGGACGCUCGGACGAAGAGUUUCUUCAUCAUCACACCGGUGUGUGCCUGUUACAGUGGCCCCUGUGUUCUGUUGACGACUCUGAGUAGGAACCCAGAACGUGGAACCAAACAUCCAUCAGGGGAGCUGGUCCAAGAAGCAGUGUUGUAAACGUUUGUGUUCUGAAGAGAACCCGUCUGCUGCGGUUCCGUUAAACCCGACGGGAACAACGUUCCAGAGUCCGCAUCAAACCGGUAACCAGCACCCCCGGAGUCUGCUCCGAUUGGUCCACUGGCCUGAUCAGACCCCGCCCACUUCCUGGUUCAAAUUUAAUUGGAUAAAAGUUUAGGUUGGCUAUUUAACAUAUUUUUCUAUUUAAAUUAUGAAUUCGCUUCAUCUAAGCUGCCAGCCUUACAUAGAUCUAUUGGAGAUAGAUGUUGCUGAUGAUCAGGAAUAUGUUGAAAUAAGGUUAGACGAAUUGAUUACCUUUUACUGUAAAUGUAAAUCCUUUAUUGUCCCACAAUAGGGAAAUUUAUUCUCUGCAUUUAACCCAUUAAGGUUUAGGGUCUUGCUCAGGGACCCAGAGUGGCAGUGUAGAGCUGACGCACUCAGAGUCUACGUCCGGUUCCAGACAUUGAGCCAGAGGGGGCUGGAAGCUGGAACCUUCUGAUUCGUCCAGAGAAGGUUCAUCCUAAACCAUGUUUGCUCCCAAACAUCACCGGAUCAGUCUCUUAAAGGGAGGUCCGCUAUAGAUCCAGGGGCGUUUCUCAAUAUCCGUUCUUGAGCGUUCUCGUGUACUCGUG